UGACAUUCAUAAAGUUGUGUUUUUUUUUUAAUUACGGAAGAAAUACGCAGUGGUGCAAAUAAUUUGUAUUAUCCAGUGUUUAUUUAAAGGCUUGAUGCGAUAAUUGAAAAUUAUGGGUCUGUUUUAAGUUCGAAAACAAUGUCGUAAAGUCGUAUUCAAUAUCAAAUCCGCAAUUCAGUAAUUUGUAAGUAGGCCGUGACAGGUCCUACACACACGACAACUUUUCGGCUGUAUAAUUGUAUUUACGAUUCAUUGAGGAUGUGGCCGAAUUCACAAGCCCCUGGUAGACGCGUAGGCUUCAAAAUGGAGUCGUUGGUCUCCAAAUAUAUUAAAAUAGCGACUGUUGUCGCUGCAUAUUGGUAAGUCACCAAUAAAUAAUAAUAAAAAUGUAAGGCAUGGGAUACCAUAAAUGCCGUAAUGUAAUGAUUACCAUAAAUAUUACUGAAUCAUUACUCAUUACUGUGCUACUUUAAGUUUUACUAUACAACAUGACAUAGAGUACUAUAGUCACUAUAGUCUAUAGUCAUAGGCUAUAGGGUAGACUAUGCGGCACUAUGCCUAUAGUCUAUAGUAUAUAAUUAUUAUUAUUAAUAAUAUUAAUUAGGUACUUUGGUAUUAAAAAAAAAAUUAAAAUUCAAAAAAUUAUCAAAAGUAUAGUAUAAGUAUAAUACUUAAUAAUAAAUCAAAAUUAAAAAAUGAAACCAAAAUCAACUUUCUAUCUUUACUUUAGUAUUAGUAUUAUUAUUAUUUAAUUAUUAGUAGUUUCUGAGCUAUGAAUUCUCAAAGUAUGACUUCAUUUGUCCUUUUUCAACAAGGACAGCAUCUCUACAUUCUAAUCUGUGACCCCAUGCCGUUGUUCGUGUCACGAGCUAUAACUCUUGUUUUAAUGAUAAUUUUAUACGACUUUUAAAUACUUUUAUUUUCAGCAUUUAAAUUAAUGCUGCAUUAAAAAGUAACUUUAAUAAUAUGCAAUUAUAAUUAAAUUGUAACUUAUCUAACAAUGCACUAUGUAUAUCAUAUCUGUAAAUUUAAUAUAAUAUAAUAUAUUAAUAUAUGGCUUUUCUGUUCAUCAAGUCUACGGCGUCAAUUAUACUUGUAUAUGCUAAAUGAUCUAUACUGACUAUACAAGGCAACAGAUCCUCUUAGUCUUAUUACUAAAAUACUGUUUAGGAACUACUUAUUUCGAAUUUUCAACUUUGGCACAUGACUAAUUAAUUAAAGCUUUCCCUGACCAAUGGUUUAAUAGUUUUGCACACUGUUAACUCUAAUGAAUGAAACUCUGAGGUCGUAUUUCAGUAUAGCCAUGUUGCAAGUGGGUGUGAAUGAUUGCCCAAUACAAAUUUUAGCACACUACUGACACUACAAUUUAUGAAAAUUUAUAGUAUGGACUACCAGGUUUUAAAAUAUUCUUGUUUAAAUGCCUUCUAAGUUCACUUUAAAAUACAAGUUAUCAAAUAUUUUGAUCUGAAUAGUGGUAAUAAUUAAAUAUUUCCUAAGUACUGGCAUCUUACAUCAUUAAAAAGGGGAUGUGGUCGAAAUGGGGCGGGGUUACCUUAUGGUAAUGCAGGUUACUUAGAUGAGUAUAACUAAUGGCCUACAUGUCCUAGCACAAUGAGAAUUGGCACAAGCAUAUACUUCAAUAUAUUUUACAGAGGAAGAAUUAAUAUGAAAGACAUAUAUUUUGAACUUAUUACAAAAUUUUGUAGAUAACGAAACCUUAUAUAUGCCUAUGAAUAUCUAAUAUUGAAAUCGAUUGAAAAGGCAAAAAAUUAUGAUGGAAAUGUAGAUCAAGAUGUCCACUACUGUAAACUUUUGGAUGAAUACCACAAUUAUAUAACAAAAUAGUCCUUUAUCUAUGAAAAAGCACCAACGUCCAAAAAUUAAAAACUCGGAUUCUUCUGUGCUGACUCCCAUUUCCAAUACAAAUUUUGAAGUAGUCUUCCUUGCCUCACUGAAGUGCCUAAUAUUAUUAGUAUUAGGCUACUUACUUUGCUAGACUUAUGCCUAUUCCUACUUAUUAUUAUAUACUGUACUCUAUAAUGCCUAUAGUCUACUAUACUAUUAUAUUAUAGUCACUCUAGUAUGGUAUAUAGCAGGCCUGCACAACAUACGGCCUGUUGGCUGCAGCACCCACUUGGCGGCCCGCGAAGUAACAAAAUAUUAUUAUUAUUAUUUUCUGAAUAGCUUUCGCCCCUGUCCUAUUAUCUUUCGGUCCGCACAAGUUUUUCAUAAAGUAUUACGGCCUGCACAAGUUUUUCUUAAAGUAUUAUGGCCCGUCUUACAUUUUGAGUUGUGCAGGCCUGGUAUAUAGUCUGUGUUUUAAAAUUGUUUGCCUAUUCUAUAUUACAUAUAGUGUAGACUAGAAUAGGCUAAACGAUUUUAAAACCAGCUUAGGCUUAUUUAACUUAUUAGUUAAUUAGUUCAACUAUAAAGACCAAAAAAAGUAAGCUCUACUAAAUAAGUACUUAGUUAAACUAGGCUAAGAUCUUAAAAAUAGAGGCAGAUCGUUUGAAAACUACUUCUCUAGUCCAGUCAUCAAAUGAUCAGCGAAACUUAGGUUUAAUCAAACUUAGUUUUAACAAUUGCAUAAUUUUAUUUAAAUGUUAAUAACUUAUUAGUAUUAUUAGACUACUAUUUUUAUUUUGUUAAUAUUUAUUUUUGCAUAUUUUCUUUCUGUCAACUAGGGUAAUCUCCAUUUCUAUGGUGUUUGUUAAUAAAUACUUACUAAGCAGUGAAGAUUUAAAGGUAAGUUUCAAUUAGAAUAUUAUUAAUACAUUUGUAAAAAAUUUAAAAUAGCUUUAAAAUUUUCAAAUUGGAAGGGUGGAUAGUUAGAUGUCCUUCAUAAACCACCAAAACCGUAUAAUUAAUAAUUAAAUAUGUUCUUUAAGAACCAUUCAUAUCACAUUUUUUGCCAAUGUGUUUUGUAUUGGACUAUCAUGGGAGACAUUAUUGUAAUAGUAAGAUAGACAAAAAUUAGUUUUCAUAAAUAAUUAUAUGUGUGUGCAAAACAGAAGGAGCUAAAAAAAAUCUUUGCUUCCAAUCUAGGCCUAUGGGAACCUGUUGCCGUAUUGGGGUCGUAACAUUUUUAAUGUGUAAUUAUGAUAAUGGCCAACAAAGCUCUAUAAUCAUUAGAGCAGGCAAGUCAAACCCCCAAAAAAGCACAUCUCCUGCCCUUACUAGUUGAUCAUAGACAGAUUUCAGGAGGGAAAGGGGAGUGAACACUAUGCAUACCAAAGCUUUCCAUAUGUCACUAUUUAAUUGUAUCAUCCAAGUGUAGGAACCAUGUCAUGACUGGUAUGAAUUUCAUUAUCAGUUUAGUAGAAAUUCUUAAUUUGCCCAGUCUAAAAUUCUAUUCUAUGUGUAAAGACUAUCUAAGCUUGUGUUACACUAUGUGCAUUUAUUUGUGAAUAAGUCCACAUGUAAAUUUGAGGCUUCUUUAAAUAUGAGACAUGGCCUAGCCAAAUGUUCCCCCUGGCCCUGGGACUUAUUUAAUCCCCUUAAAAAAAGAGAAAGAAUAUAUUAGAAUUUAAAAUCAGUAAACUUCUCAUAACUAAAACAAAUUCUCCUUUACUAAUAAACUAUUAAGAGAUUUUGGAAAACAAGAAUAAAGAUAUUUCAUAGAAAGUAUAUUCCAGUAUAAUAAAAAUAAAAGUAUUGAGUCCUUUUCCCCUCAAAUAUCCAACACACAUGAUGUGGCUUUUCAGACCUUUGCAUGAUACCCAGUGGACUACCUCGAUUAAAUGCAGCCUGGGUGACUUUACAAAAUUGCACCCACACAGACACAUGUUAUAUGGUGUUGAUAUGCAUCAACAAAAGUGUCUCUGUGGUGGUCAACCCCUUCUUCUCCCCCCCCCCCUGUACGCCAUUGGUCAUACCUACUCCUUUAGGUCCUGGUUUCAAACCUAAAAAUUAUGGUAAGACUAUGAAUACCAAUACUCUCGAUUAAAUGCAGCCUGGGUGACUUUACAAAAUUGCACCCACACAGACACAUGUUAUAUGGUGUUGAUAUGCAUCAACAAAAGUGUCUCUGUGGUGGUCAACCCCUUCUUCUCCCCCCCCCCUGUACGCCAUUGGUCAUACCUACUCCUUUAGGUCCUGGUUUCAAACCUAAAAAUUAUGGUAAGACUAUGAAUACCAAUACCUAUGUUGUGAAAGGAUACGGAAUUAAAUAGCCCUAUAUUAAAAUAGGUGUUGACAACUGAUGAAGGAGCCUUAUGUGGGCAUCACCAACUUUUUUUAUCCAGCCUAUUUCAAACUCAUUAAAGCACUGACCAUUUAGAUAGACUUACAUAUUCCCUCGUUUGUGGCAUCACCCUACACAGUGGUGAUGAAUCUGCCAUCAGAUAUGAAGCAAAUGCAAAAUUUGUUCAAUAUUCUGAAGACGAACAAAAUGCCUGUAGCAAAACAGUUCAUGUUUUAUUGUAAUCUCUAUGUUGAUUUGUUUACUUUCAAUUGUUUUCAGUUAAAUGCACCCUUGUUUGUGACAUGGUUCCAGUGCUUAGUUACAGUUAUUCUGUGUGUUAUUUUGAGUGUUGGAGGUCAGUUUUUUCCAGGCUAUGUAUCAUUCCCAGAAGUUAAAAUUGAAGGAAAGCUUUUGCGUGCUGUAAGUUUUUUGUUUUGUUUUUUUGUUUUAAGAGCACACUAAAUGAAUUUUGCUAAAUAGUACCUAGGCUUUCAAAUAUUAAUUAAGCUAUUAAAAUCUAGGAAUAAAUACCUAAGAUGAAAGCUUUUUCUAAAAUUAUACUGAAUAUUUUUUUUAAAUUAUUUUUUUAAAUUUUCCACAGACUCUGCCGCUUUCUGUCAUAUUUGUUUGUAUGAUAACAUUCAAUAAUCUUUGUCUAAAGUUUAUUGGAGUUGCAUUUUAUUUUGUUGGUAGAUCAUUGACAACAGUUUUUAAUGUGGUAAGUGUUUCAUUUUUAAUUCUUUUAAAAAUUCUGCCCUUUUUCUUUGGUAGCUUAUUCUUAAAUAGAACCAUUGACCUGCAUGUAAUACAAUAAUAGUUUAUUAACACUCAAGUUAUAUUUUUUAUUUUAAUCACCAUGAGAAGCUCUAGUCCGUGGUCAGUGAGUUGAAUGAAUAUUGAAUCACUCAUAAACCUCAUCUCUGUUUGCCAGGUAUUCACAUAUCUAAUGCUGCAACAAACAACUUCAGGCAAAGCUUUGGCUUGUUGUGGUAUCAUCAUAGCUGGGUUUUUCAUGGGUGUUGAUCAGGAAGGUGCAUCUGGUAAGUUUUAUUGUUGGAUGUAUAAUUAAAGCAAAUCUAAUAACUCAAAAUAAAUCAUUAAUGUAUUCUAUUACUAUGAGUUUAAUGGUCUCUUUAUUAACAAAGAAAUUAAGAAAAACAAAAUAUUAAAAUUUUCCCAUUGUUUUGCUUAAUUUUAUGAUACAUAAAUAUUUUAAAUUUCAUCAGGUACUUUGUCUAUUUUGGGUGUCGUCUAUGGUGUUCUGGCCAGUGCCUCUGUGGCUCUUAAUGCCAUAUAUACCAAGAAAGUUUUGCCAUUGGUAGACAACAAUGUAUGGCGCCUCACUUUUUACAACAAUAUCAAUGCCAGCAUUCUAUUCAUUCCUCUUAUGCUUAUUUUUGGAGAAUUUGGUGAAGUGGUUGGCUUUCCGCUAUUAGGUUCAUUAUCAUUUUGGAACUGGAUGAUCGUUAGUGGAAUCUUUGGCUUUGCCAUUGGAUACAUCACAGGUUUACAGAUCCAAGUAAGUUAAAAAUAUGUAAAAUAAAUUUAUUUUUAUAGUUGCUGUCAAUUUUGCUUCUGAUGUGUGAUUUUAAAAAAAUAUCUUUUUUAGGUAAAUCAUUGCAGAAAUAAAUUCAAAAAUUAAAUUAGUGAUCUCAAAUCAAUAAGUAUUUUAUUACCAUAUGCUGUAGAAUGAAUAUCUUAAGUUGGGCAUAUUUUUUAAUUUUCAUGAUGAAAUGAAAUAUAUAUUUAAAAUGUCAGUUGCAGACAGAGGUGGGCAAUAGGGAUCAUUUGAAUGUUGACCCAGUUGUUUCUGAUUUGUGUGUUUUAUUUUUUUUUAGAAUGCAUAAAAAUUCUCUUUGUAGUUACUGUUUUAGUAUCAAAACUAUCUUUAUUAAGCACCCGUACCAUACUAAUAAAAAAUUUUAAACUCAAAAGUUAACAAACAUUUUAUUUUAUGUUUUCAUAUAAAAUAGUUGUACUUCACAUUUGUUAAAAACAGGAAAUAUAGUUUCAAUACAUAGUCGUUAAUGUAUAUUUUUCAAAAAUCUUAACUUUAGGUCACAUCGCCACUCACACAUAACAUAUCGGGAACAGCAAAAGCUUGUGCUCAGACCGUGUUAGCUUGCAUCUACUUUCAAGAAGUCAAGACAUCUUUGUGGUGGGUCAGCAACAUGGUUGUACUCUUGGGAUCUGCAGGGUACACAGAGGUGAAACGCCGGGAGAUGAAACAGCAGCACACUGAAUCAGUGGCGGCGGCUCUUAGACAAGAGGAAAUAGUUGACCAAUUAGAGGGUGGAAAACUACCGUAAGCAUUUUGAAACUUAGUUCUCAAUUACAUAUUUUAACAUGUAUUGUUUAGGUAUACAUUUUUGGUAAUAAAAUGUGAUACCUUUAUGUGAUAGUUCAGUUUACAUCUGACUGUAUAUUUGUUUUAUAUGGAUAAAAAUGUUCUGUAAUUCUAUUUUUUAACUGCUAGGCUGCUAGCGGAAGAAAGAAAAGAUGCAGAAAAACAAUAAAUUUGUUGGGUAAAGUUAUUUUUCUUAAAAUUCUGCUUUGACAUACUAAGCAAGUUUAAUAAAGCCAAGGGAAACACUGUACAUCUGCUUAUUAAUGGAUUCUGAUGUUAAAAUACACUAUACACUUUCCCAUUUUCUCUAUCAGUUUGCUAUUUCUGGUAUGUCUUUGGUGCCUUUAAAUUUUUUUUUUUCUAAUUGUCUCCAUAAAAUGUUGCAUUCAUUGCUUUUUAAGUUGCUAUUGUCUGUUUAUUUCUGGGCUUUGUAAUUUACAAUUGAAAAUAAUCAUGAAAAAUUUUAAGUUGCUGUUUUCAAAAAUUGUUUUUUAAUUUACAUCAACUGCUCUAUCAAUAAUUAAGUUAACAGACAGAAGAAUUUGCAAAUAUGCAACUGAUCAUCCAGAAGUUAUUUAAUGAGCUACACAAUUAAAGCAUCCAAAACAGCCUAUUUGAUGUAUCUUUUUCAAUAAGUUUUCACCCUGAUACCAUUUUUGAAAUUAAUUGGUCUAACUUAAACAGAAAUAGCUAUAUUUCUUUCAGAUCUAACAAUAUACACUAAUUUUUUUUUGCACACCAAUUCAUCACUCAAACAAUGCUACUUCACACUACUGCCAAAAUUCUCAUUUAUGAAUCAUAUAUAUUUUUUUGAAGGUAAACUAAAUCUUAUUUUAUCCUUAAAUUUAAUUAAUUAAACUUUAAACAAGUUGUUUGAAAAGUUGGAUGGGUAAUAAGAGACUAUUUGUGUGCAAACAAUGUCAUUUUUUAAAAUUGCUUACUGCUCACCAAAUUUUGCAUAGUUUACAUAAAAAUAGAUGACUUUUAAAAGGCUUUUAAAGAAAGUAAAAAAAAAAUGUUUUUAAGGAAAAAUACUUUUAGAAACAAGAAUACACUCCAAAAAAUCUUGUUCAAUUAGUCUGUAUAGACUAAUUAAAUUUUAUACAUUUCUGAGACUAGCAUCCAAAAAAUCCUAACAGACUUGGAAUAAUUCAAUUAUUUAUGGCAACAACAUUUUAAAAUAAGUUUUGUCAGUGGUAUAAUAAUUCAAUAAGCAUUAAAAUUAAGGUCAAUUUCUUUUCACAUCACAAGAGGAGAGCUGCUUUAAGUAUUAUUUUUUUUAAAGUUAUCGAAUGUUAUUUGCUUGCAAGAAGUGCUGAACACAUAUAAACAUAAUACUAGAACACAUAUCAACUAUAGAUGUAGUUGGAUUGUUUAUUAGUCACCCUUUGAAACUAUACUAGAUUUAGUAUUGUUUAGUCAUUUGACACUGAUUUAAGAUGAAUAUUUUAAUUAUACUAUCUGUGUAUUGAAGCAUUGACCAAUACAUUCUCAUUAUAAGAUAAUAAAUUAUUAACAAACAUUGCAUUAAGUUCCAAUACCUUUCCAAAUAUUAAAAAAAAUUAAUAACUGAAUGUGCUUGAAUAAAUAUGACAAGGAAUCCCAUCCACCAACCCGCUAUUGCCAAAUAAAAAUGCUCUUCAGUGACAUAGGUGUCAAAGUUGUGUUCAGUUGCAGAUGAUAGAAAGUUGAUCAUUAGUUUAGUUUCAUCAAUUCUUCUUAAAGACUUCUAAUUUUAAGAUUUGAUGAAUAUAUUGAGUGCAUGGUGCUACUUCAAUUCACCAGCGUAUAAAAGCAAUUUAACUUUAUUAACCUGUUUUAUAAAAGAAUUAAUGUUGAAAAUCAGUAAAAUAAGUGAAAAAGGCUAAUGUAGAAUUGGGAUGAUAGGUUGAAAAGAUGUGUAGAUUAUUGUGGAAAUAAACCUGUGCAAUGUUUUAAAAAUAUUACUAUUAUAUCUAAAUACUUAUGCUCAAUAUUUGAUUUACUUUUCUUAGAAACCAAGCAAAUUAUGUAAAUCUUCAUUUGCUUAAUUAUUUUAUAUUCUGUCUAGGACAUGGGAUGGAGACAUUCCAUUAUAUAAUGGUGAGCCCACCAAAAGUUGAACAUGUGUUUCACUUCAAAAGUAUGUGCAUGCAAGGUAGCACUUAUAAAUUAGCCAAAUAUUUUUUAUCUUUUGUCGGCAUAUAGACAGAACAUAUGGGUAUAGAUAUAAAAAUUACAUUUUAUUCUUGUUUGGUUAAAUAAUAUUAAUUUCAUAACUAUCUCAUUUCAUAAUGAACUUACAGCUAUAAUUAUUUUGAUUUUCUUUUGUCAAGCAAAUCUUUUCUGUGUCUUUCUGGAAAGACAGGAAAUGGAAAAAAGGUCUACUUUGAUAUAUUAUUUAAUAUGUUCAUUUAGUAAUAAGUAGAUUUUUCAAAAGCUAGAUCUAUUAUGUUCGUAUGUGAUGAACAUUGUCAAUGAUAACAAAAAGUGCUUAUAAAUUUAGUAUCACUAGCCAGCCUUUGCAAAUGGUCAUAAGCUGUAGGAAAAUUUCCUUUGUAAAGGAAUGUCCCCAAUUCAAUUAAAUAUGUUCCUAUAAUUAUAGUGGGUUGUGAAUAAAAUAUAGUAAUAUUGUGAUGAUUUGUAUAGCUAUAUUAAUAGUCUGCUUAUAUUAAUUUGGUAUGAUAUUAUUUUUCAUUGUUAAUCACAAUAAUUAGCUUCUACACAUGUUUAAAGCUGAUUAUACCAUUUGUGGCAGGGUUUCCUACACGUUGGUCUGAUUUGUGGAGUAGGACAUUUGAUUCAUGCCUGGUUAAAUGAAACAAAUAUCCUUAUUUUUAUUAAUUCCAUUUCUGUGAUUGUCGCUAUGGAAGCAGAUGUUCUACAUAAUUUCCCCAUCUCAUUGUUCAUAGUGUAAAUAGCUGAUUUAUGACGUCCAAAAGGUUCAAAAUCUUCAACCAUAAGUAAAUGUUGGUAAGAAGCAGAAAGACUACAUUAUACAUUAGCUUUUCACUUGAGAAAAAUUGCAAAUCACAUUUGUGAUUUCUGUAAUUUAUAAUAUUUAUAAAAAUCUACUAACUAAAUUCUAGUUUUCGCAUUUCAAUUAAUUCUUUUACUUUUAAAAUAAUAAGCUGUCAAAUGUAUUUUGAAAAAUUUGCUGUUCAUCUUAACUCAUAACCUUUUUUUACCCUGACAAUUCUAACAAAGCUUUUGAUGCUUUAAUUCAUAAUGUUUCAUCUGUUUAAAAAAAAGUUAAUGCUUUUAAAUUCUCUCACUCUGUUUAACAUGCCCGGUAGUAUUUCACUGGGCAAAUGUUUAUACGCCAUGAGAGCCAUAUUGUAUAAAGCAAUUUAAUGUAAAAAUGUACAUUAAAACUUGUUGAAUUGUCAUUGACAGUCCUAGGAAUGUCUGUCAUACAGUUGUUUCUCUAGUUGAUAAUCUUUAUAACUAUUAAAUUCUUUUUGAUCCUUGCUUUUUAUUACCAGUAAUAAUUACAAUUAAACCACUGUUGGCCUUUAUGUGGAAUUAUUUUCUUAGUGAAGGUCUGAAGUGGAAUAUAUUUAUAUGUAUAAAGAUACACAAGUAAACAGAAAAGCCAAUUUAAAAAUAUACAUGGUAAACUGUAAAUGGUAACAAUAAUUGAGGUCCAUAAAAUAAGAUAGCGCCUCUUGAGGGAAUUGUUUUAAUACAGGGUUUUACAAUAUUUUUAAGCUACUAAUUAGCUAAUAUUGUGUUAUUACUAAAAAAUACAUGGAAAAUUCCUUUUGAUUACAUUCUACCAGUACGUAAUCAUUCUUAGAAUAUCAAAUUUUUAAAAACGCAGAUAGUUAAAAUAAUGAUUAACAAGAAUUUUAAAGACAGACAUUUUAUAGUAAUUUUUCAAUCAAGUGCAAAAACCAGUUAUCAUGUAAAACCUUAUUAUUUCAAGUCAAUAGGAUUUUAUUUUAUAACAGCAGGGAAAGCACGCUGGUAAAUUCUGACAGAUUAGGGAACAAAUAAAUCUCUAAUUCCUUCGGUCCUUACUGGAGGGAAAGAAUUUGCCCUGAUUGAGAGCAAUUUUUUUUAAAUAACUGUGAUGUAGUGGUUGGGAAAAAUAUUUUUUUAUCUUUAAUUCUUACAAAUGCAUGUUGCACUAUAGAACAUUUUAUAUUUUGUUUAAUGCUCAAAUGACAUAAUUGUCUGCAUGAAGCCUUGAUUCUGUGGGAAUAGUGGGAUUAUUAUGGUUAUUAAAGCGGACGUUAUAUACUUACAAUUGGUUGCGUCUAAUAACACCAAGCCCAGUCAACAAGAUGUUUUAAUUUCAAAUUUGAGGAACCAUUCCACAAUCAUAUGAUGAAAGUAUAUUCAGUCAUAAAUGAUGUCAAUCCCAAAAUGAAGUAAAAUAUUUGUAUACAUUUUUUUUUCACGUACUUGGAAAAAAAGGAAUUUCAAGUAUGUGUGAAGGAAUACACGAAAUUUAGGGAGCCAUGCAACAAUUCUGUUAUAUCCAUCUUUCCACUAUAGCGAGUUUCACUGUGUUAGUAAAUUAAACUUUUUUAUUAUUGUAGUGCUAUUUAAUUUCGGCUUUAUCAGUUACACUACAGGGACUAUCUAGUACUUUUCAUAUAUCAUUAUACGUUAUACUUAACAUUUUAUGAAAUACCUUAUUUUUCCAAGAGUAGGCCGAACAUUUUCCCCUAAUGUUAGUCUUUAAACUAAGGUGGAUGCCUACAAUCAGAAUGUUGCAAAGACAUAAAAAUACUGAUAUCUGUGAACAUAAAACUUUAAGGGUGCAGGUUUCUAAUCAGGAACUGGCUAUACUCUGAACAUUAUGGUACACUGUACAACAACGGUUCCAUAAUCAGAUUUGUGGGUGGCUGUUGCCAAUUUAAUGAAUUCCAAUGCAAAAUACUAUACUUUUAAAUGAACGUUUAAUGCCUAAACUUACAGAUGGAAUGUAUGUUUGAUAUUUUUUAUAAAUUUGUGUUAUCCAGUGUGUUAAAUAUGGUUUGUUGAAUUUUUAAAAAUAAUAUAUACAUAUUUCUUUGUCCAUUCCUGGGUGAAACAUGACAUGAACAAUUACUUUAUGCAAUGUCUGCGUAUUAAUUUAAUGUUUUCUAUACUUGUUUGGUUUCUUACAAAUUUUUAAGAUUUAAAGACACAAAAUAUCUGUAAGCAGCAAGUAUGGUUUUGCUUUAAUAAAAAAAAGACCCCAAAAAAAUAAUAAACAUCAACUGAAAGAAAGAAAAAAAAGACAGGACCAAGAUCCAUACCUAAACAUAUAGAACAAAAGUAAUGAGUGGAAACAAUAUUGCAGCUUUGUAAAAUUAUGGAUUUGUUUUAAGCUCAGACUCAAUUCAAUGGCCAAUUUUUUUUUCAGCAAAUACUGAUAUUUUUUAAUGAAAUUUUUAACUAUUUAGUAGUUGUUUUUUUUCAAAAGAACUUCAUUUGUUACAAAUAGUUAUCUUUUAUUAUACUUAAGCUGUAUCACAAGCUAACCCUCAUUACAAUUUUUUGUAAAAAGGCAAAAAAAACCAUUUAUCUACAUACCAAAUCAGAACAUUCUUUAGUAGUGAGCUCUUGUGGCAUUUACCAAUAUAAAAUUUUGAUAUUAGUUUCUUUGACAAGUCAGUUUGCAUGCCUUUAAAUUGAAUUUCUUGUGUUUUGGCUACUAAAGGAAAAGGCUCAAUAUUAAUGUCAAUUAUUGUUUAGUUCAUUGUGUCCAAACAAAAUGUUUAAAUUUUCUAUUGAGAGAUGGCCAAUGCAAUAUCUAUUUUAAUAAACUGUGGGAUUUAACAUAGACUGCGUUUU